AUGGGCCAGAAAACAGUUCUCAUCACAGGUUGCAGUGAAGGUGGAAUAGGUGACGCUCUUGCCCGAAACUUCCACAAAAGAGGCUUUCGAGUUUUUGCCAGCGCUCGCAAUACCGAGAAAGUCGAACAUCUUAAGAAAAUGGGUCUCGACAUUGUACAACUAGAUGUCACCGACGAAGAGUCAAUCAAAAAAGCAGUGUCAACGGUGAAGGCUGCAACAGGGGGAUAUUUGGACUUCCUGGUCAACAACUCGGGCGCUGGUUACUGCAUGCCCUUGUUGGACUCGGACAGUUCAGUAGCGAAGAAGAUAUUUGAUGUUAAUGUAUUCGCUGUCGUUGCCGUAACUCAAGCAUUUGCACCACUAUUGAUUGGCUCAAAAGGAACGAUUAUCAACAUUGGGUCAGUGCUUGGCAAGAUGCCUCUCCCAUGGCAAGGUUAUUACAACGCAAGCAAAGCCGCCGUCGCUAUCUUGACUGACCAAAUGCGUAUUGAAUUUUCUCCCUGGGGAGUCCGAGCAAUUCUUGUCACUACUGGUGCAGUCAGGACAAAAUUAUUCGAGAAUCUUCCUAGUAAACCAGUUCUGCCUGAGGGCUCCCUUUACUACCCGGCGAAGGAUGUGAUUGAGCCAGUAUUGACUGGAGCCGGGGUUGAGAAAAAUGCUAUGGAUGUCGAUCAAUAUGCUGAGGUGGUUGUCAACAACGCAAUCCAAUCAAGACCCAAGAAGCAUGUCUGGUCAGGUGGAGGGGCUUUGAUUACUUGGCUGGCUUCAACGUUCGGCUGGUCGACUAUUUGGGUUGGCGGUUUCCCCUUGUUCGAAGAGAACAUGCUCAUCCAUUAUGCUAACACAUCUGCAGGACCUCUUACUGCCUCCUGUCGUUCACAUGUCAGAUAUAUCGAAUAA